GUAAGUUUAAUAUUGCGAUUAAUGCUGCUAUUUCAUCAUUAACUAAAAUACCACAGUAUAUAGUGUAUGUUUAUAAGCACUUUAAUUUUACAGAAAUUAAUAACAAGCUAGAUGAAGUAUUAAAAGAAAACAACCGACUGCGACUUCAUGACAGAAGAGUUCGUAGGUCUAAGACACAAAGUAGAAAUUUCCCUGCAGGAAAAUAAAAAACAGAGAACAACGCUAUUACCACAACUACCAUUGACCACGAAGGAUGCAAUAUUUGAUUUUGAGCGGAGCUUGAAAUCAAGUGAUGACAUGCGGAAGGAGCUAUUCGACAAGUUCCUGUGCCAUUCAAAUACAGAUAUGGCAAAGUUCAUAUCCGGAAAUUUAAAAGCUGUCUUUGGAGACGACAGCCUAGUUACGCAGCUCUCAUUGACAAACUUGAAGGGCAACACGUCCGUUAAGGACUUUACGAUUAUUCAAGUUUUAAAAGGUCUGAUAUUUAAGGAAAAUCAUAUGUAA